ACCCUGGCACCAUGAUGCCACUUGUUUGCAAUGUUUGAUCCGCCGCCACAGGUGGCUGCUAAACACACGGAAGGCCACCUUCAACUUAACUCCAUAAACAGUGCCGUGGAGCUCGAGGUUGCGACUCAUCACUCCCGUUUCUCCGCCCCUUUUUCUUCUUCUACCUGCUCGCUUCAUUCACCGGGGGUGAGAUAUGCGCAUGCAGUAGUUGGCUACACCGCCCUCCCGACUCUACUGCUACUGUGUCCUUCCCCCCAAUUGAAACCCACCCGCCCCAAAGUGAGAUCGCAAGCACACUCCGCUGGUGCAAUCCCAGCGCCUGGGCAAAAUGAGUUACAUGAAGAAAGAUGAAGAUGCGGAUCAGGUCAUGAUCAAGCUUGACCGGACCUCCGUGUUCCAAGAUGCUCGACUAUUCAAUUCUUCGCCGAUCUCGCCGCGGACAUGCCGUACUCUACUGACCAAGAUCGCGGUCCUCCUUUUCACCGGGGAGCAAUUCCCCACGAACGAAGCUACCACCCUCUUCUUUGGUAUCUCCAAGCUGUUCCAGAACAAGGACCCCUCGUUGCGACAGAUGGUAUAUCUUAUCUUGAAGGAAUUGGCCAAUACCGCGGAGGAUGUCAUUAUGUCGACCAGCAUCAUCAUGAAGGACACUGCUGUCGGAAGCGAUGUGUUGUACCGGGCCAACGCUAUCCGAGCCCUGUGCCGAAUCAUUGAUGGAUCUACGGUUCAGGGUAUUGAGCGACUGAUCAAGACUGCCAUUGUCGACAAGACUCCCUCGGUCUCUUCGGCUGCUCUGGUCUCUUCCUACCACCUCCUCCCUAUCGCGCGCGAUGUUGUACGAAGAUGGCAAAGCGAAACUCAAGAAGCAGCCUCGUCAUCGAAGCAGUCGCAGGGAUUCCUGGGCUUCUCAUCUAGCUCGCAGGCCCACGCUAUUUCUCAGUCCAACUUCAUGACCCAGUACCAUGCAAUCGGUCUUUUGUAUCAGAUGCGUUCGCACGAUCGUAUGGCAUUGGUCAAAAUGGUGCAACAGUACGGUGCUGCUGGUGUGGUGAAGAGCCCGGCGGCUUUGUUGCUAUUGGUACGUCUGGCGGCCAAGCUGGCUCAGGAAGACCAGGGUCUGCGAAAACCCAUGAUGCAGAUGCUGGAUGGCUGGCUACGUCACAAGCACGAGAUGGUUAACUUCGAGGCCGCCAAAGCCAUCUGCGACAUGCGGGAUGUCACCGAUGCCGAGGCCUCGCAGGCAGUUCACGUCCUCCAGUUGUUCCUGUCCUCCCCGCGGUCCAUCACCAAGUUCGCUGCCAUCCGCAUCCUUCACAAUUUUGCUACCUUCAAGCCCCACGUCGUCAAUGUCUGCAAUCCCGACAUCGAGUCGCUUAUCUCCAACUCCAACCGCUCUAUCGCCACCUUUGCCAUCACUACUCUGCUCAAGACCGGUAACGAAGCCAGCGUUGACCGCUUGAUGAAACAAAUCUCGGGUUUCAUGGCCGAUAUCACCGACGAGUUCAAGAUCACCAUUGUCGAGGCCAUCCGCACAUUAUGUCUGAAGUUCCCGAGCAAGCAGGCUGGCAUGCUGACCUUCUUGAGCGGCAUCCUGCGCGAUGAGGGUGGAUACGAAUUUAAGCGCACCGUAGUGGAGAGCAUGUUCGAUCUUAUCAAGUUUGUUCCAGAGAGCAAAGAGGAUGCGCUCGCUCAUCUCUGCGAGUUUAUUGAGGAUUGCGAAUUCACUAAGCUCUCGGUCCGCGUUUUGCACUUGCUUGGUGUUGAAGGCCCUAAGACCUCGCACCCCACCAAGUACAUUCGCUAUAUCUACAACCGUGUCGUGCUGGAGAAUGCCAUCGUCCGUGCUGCCGCUGUCACUGCGCUUGCUAAGUUUGGUAUUGGCCAGAAGGAUCCCGAAGUCAAGUCUAGUGUGCAAGUUCUCCUUACUCGCUGUCUCGAUGAUACCGAUGAUGAGGUGCGUGACCGUGCUGCUCUCAACCUGCGUCUGAUGGGCGCGGAGGACACGAUGGCCGGCGCAUUUAUCAAGAACGACUCGAUGUACUCCCUUUCUACCUUUGAGCACCAGCUCGUCAUGUAUGUGACGUCGAAUGACAAGCAAACUUUUGCUGCCGCCUUCGAUGUUGCAUCUGUUCCUGUUGUCACUCAAGAGCAGGCCUUGGCUGAGGAAAGGACCAAGAAGCUUACGACAGCCACACCCACCCUCAAGGCUCCGUCAGCAGGGCCCCCGAAGGGCAAGCCAAGCGGCGUGGCCGAGGCUGCCACUGCCGCCGCUACUCAGAAGUAUGCCGAGCAGCUCAUUCAGCACCCCGAUAUCAAGGAAUAUGGCAACUUGCUCAAAUCCUCCCUCCCUGUCGAGCUGUCUGAGAGUGAGACUGAAUACGUCGUUACCGCUGUCAAGCAUAUCUUCAAGGAGAAUAUUGUCGUGCAAUAUGAUAUCAAGAACACCCUGCCAGAUACUAUCCUUGAGAAUGUCACUGUGAUUGCGACACCAUCGGAGGAUGAGCUGCUGGAGGAUGACUUCAUCAUUCCAGCGCCUACAUUGUCUCCUAAUGAGCCGGGUGUCGUCUACGUGGCUUUCAAGAAACUGGGUGGCGAGCACAGCGUUCCAAUCACUUCCUUCACCAACAACCUGAAGUUCACUAGCAAGGAGAUUGAUCCUACUACCGGCGAACCGGAAGAGGGUGGCUACGAGGAUGAAUACCAGGUCGAGGAUCUCGAGCUCACUGGCAGCGACUAUGUCACUCCCGCAUUCGCGGGCAGCUUCGACCACGUCUGGGAACAGGCUGGUGCUAACGGCGAAGAAGAGAGCGAGACUCUUCAACUAAGCAAUAUGAAGGGAAUCACCGAUGCCACUGAGCAAUUGAUCUCCGCACUUUCCCUACAACCCCUUGAGGGCACCGAUGUCGCCCUCAACAACAGCACCCACACACUCAAGCUGUUCGGCAAGACCGUGUCUGGCGGCAGAGUGGCCUCCCUCAUUAAGAUGGCUUACUCGAGCAAGAGCGGUGUCACGACCAAGAUUACUGUCCGGGCAGAAGAGGAGGGCGUUGCUGCUGCGGUGCUUGCAUCUGUCACUUAA